AUGCUUAACAUCCCAUUUCUCACCAAGUUCAUCCAAAAGACGGUGAAACGGCAAAAGGUUGCCGACUCCGUAGACUACCUCAACUACUAUGUGUCAUCGAUUAUGUUUGCUUUCUUUGCUUUGGCUAUUUCUGCGAAACAAUAUUUUGGAUCUCCAAUACAAUGCUGGGUGCCUAGUGAAUUCAGAGGUUAG